AUGGAACAAUCUAACUUAAUCGAGUCCAAAUCCUCUAAAAGGAGGUCCAGAAUAUUUACCAGCGAUGGCCACAAGAGAGCGGCUUUGAAAGGAUAUUUUGGCAGCGGAAAGGAAACGGGCCAAAAUAAGUCCGAUGUCUACGUGUUCUCCUCCUUGGAGGACAUGAAAUUAUUGACACCACCAUCAUCAAUGCGCGAAAAGAAUAGUGCUAGUGCAAAAAUUGGAAAGGUUAAAAAGCCUAAGCAAUUAUCCCCUAGCAAAUGGGGAUCUGAUAACUUGGCCAUGAUCAACCCUUAUGCUACACCAUUAUCACCAAAUGAGAAACAAAAGGAACAAAAGGAACCAAAGGAACCAAAGGAACAAGAGAAACAGUCAACCAGGGAUAAGAUCAGGAACAGGUUGUCUUUGUGUUCUAGAAAAAGUGAAAUCUUCGAUCUAGACGAACCUGAAGAAUCGCCUUUCUUCGAACUGCCCAUCGGCUCCCAGGCUGAGCAAAUGGAGCAUCAAAUGGAGGAGGAGCAUCACCCGAUUCCAAUUGAACAUAGGUUUGGUAGAGGUUGGUUGAAAAGGUCGCUAUCGAGUGCCAGCAAUAAAGUUGUCGACACUUUUAAGCGUAUUUCAAGAAGUGAGGAUGGAAAUGAUAUCUCUAUCCUUUAUGCAACCACAUAUGAUAACGGUAAUGACGAAUUACAACCAAAAGAGAAAGAACAACUGUGCAUUGAAGACACGGAAGAAUCCUUCCAUUUUAACACGAAGAAAGCACCUGCUGCCGCCGACACUUCAAAUCACUUGAAUCAAGAUUUCAUUGAUUUUGAAAAUCUGUACUAUUAUGGCCAACCUGAUGGAACAGACUCAACUACAAUGGCUCUUGAUUUGACUGAAGAACUUGGUUCAGGACCAAGUGGGUAUGCCAAUGCUAAUGCCAACGCCAAUGCUAAUGCGAAUGCGAACGCGAAUAUGAAUUUGAAUUUGAAUGUGAAUGUGAACAAUGAUGAGUUAGCAACUCGUAAGCCAAUUAUUGACCAAUCCACCUAUGCAAUUAACGAGAACCAGGUUUCCCAGGCAACUGUCAAACCCGAUUCUCACUUCUUUAUUGAGAAUGGUAAGGAAGAUAACUGUGCUAAUUAUGCUGAUUCAUCAUUGUCUCCGUCAUCUGCUUCUUCCAGUUUUAUCGAUUAUCCAAGCAGUACACAGAAAAAUAAUGGGGGAUUUGAAGUGGCUGACGAAAAAUCGACCAGUUUGAAGGACGUUUCCAAGGGUUUUGAAAGCCAUGAACCGGCAGUUGAGAUUUUUGAGAAACCGAUUUUGCAAAAGAAGGUUACUCUUCAACAAGUACCAAAAUCGAUUUUGAAGAAUUCUCCAACCAAGCCAACAUGUGAAACCAACAGAAAGACGAAGAAGUCAAAUUCAAAGUCAAAUUCAAAUUCAAAGGCAAAGGCAAAGGCAAAGGCAACUGCAGAAGCAAAUGCAAAAGCAAAUUCUAAUGCCAAAAUUGUUGACUCUGGUUUGAUUACCAAGUUCAAUUUACUUGACACAACAAAAACUGAACCAAAGGAUGAUAGUAUUAGCAAUGCAGAUCUAAAUAAUGUAUUCACUGAACUGGACAAUUUGGAAACUAAUAGUUCUGAAACGAGUGAAGGCAAAGGCAAAAGAAAAAGCAAGAAGCCGCUUGUUACCAAACAGCAAUCUUUGCUAGAAAAGUUCGCCGAGAGCAUUAUUUCUAGCAACAAGACUAUUUCUGACUAUUGCAGACUUUCUUAUAUGUUCAUGAAUGAGAAUCCCAGUUACUUUGACGAGUAUAAUGAUUAUCUUCAAACGAGAGGAGCCGAUGGAGUUCCUUAUGAAGUGAGAGGUCCUGGAUUUAUGGAAGAUCUACAAAAAAUGUUUUCAUCUGAUUUGUUGAAAUCUGACACUUUUGUGGUGACGAAACCAACAGUUACAGGUAAAGGCAGUGUGAAUUUUGCAUCAGCAGACGAAGAUGGGGUUGAAAUUCAAGAAAUUGAUGUCCAAGAACCACCUUCUACCACAAAGAAAUCUAAGAAUGCGGAGGCGCUCCUUGAUGGCACAAGAUCUGACGUAGUAAUUGAUAAUAACGCAGAAAUCUUCGAUGAUAGAGUCUCUAUUGCAGGUUCAACUUCAUGCUAUUCUGAAAUGUCCAAUAUGUCUAGCAGCAGCAGUGUUUACAGCUGCGGUGCCGUGGAAUUCCCUGAUAAGAGUACCAGGAACUUAGUGAAUGGGUUGCUUGAACUUUUGGGUGCACCAUUAGACGUUCGUGAUGGGAACGACUUAAAGGUUUCUUUAUUAAGUUUGCACGCUUACCUUUCUAAGGCCAUUACUUUCUUGUGGAAAGUCUCUAAGAUUGCAAUGGAUGAGACCAGGGUCUGUAAAAAUCAAUACAAGAUAUUGAGUGAGCAGGCGACUUUCUACGAGAUGGGUGUCGAUUUCAUGCAAUUAAGGAUCAAUUCCCUCGAAAGGACUCAAGAGAAAAGAAUUGAUGCCAUGCAGAAGGAAAUAAAUGAACUUCAGGGAAUGUUGGCUUAUUACAGAGCUUAUAGUGAAACCAGGUACACAUGGAUUGACUUAGACAUGAUGGCAACUAACAGCCUUGUGCGGGAUCUGAUUGAGCAACACAGAGAAGACGCUCAGAUUCAAAUCGAAGCGUUAAAAGCCGCCUUGGAUAGAAGCUUUGUGACAAUUCUGGAAUUGAAAGAAGAAAUACAUGGCACCUUAAAAGAGCUAGACCUUAAAGAAGAACGAUCGAGAGAAAAUGAACUUAAUAUGAAAGAGUAUCGUGCAAUGGCUAAGGAAUGCGAAAAAUUAAGGUCUCUUGGUGGCAUCUAUGAUGACCUUACGCAGUCAGUGUACACGAAACAAAUGCAAUAUCAAGAAGUAAAGGAUAAGUUAACCGUUGCUGAAGGACAAUUAAAAGUCAAAGAUGAACAACUUGCAUCUUUGAAAAGAUCCCAUGAACAGCAGUUGCAAGAAAUGUCCGAAUUGACUCCUGAUAACAGGCAAAGAACUUUAGGAUUUUGGGAUAGAUCAAAGUAUGAAGCCGCCUUGUUAGAAAAGGAUGAUAUUAUCCAACAGUUGAGGUAUGAAUUGUCAAAUAAAGAUGAAGUGAUCGACAACCUAGAAGCAGAGUUACACAACACUCAUAUUCGUUAUGACCAAUGUAAAUUCGAAAAAUACUGCAACAUUAAUGAGAAUAAGCUUUUGCACUGUUAUAUCGAUGACCAAAAAGUGGAAUUUGAGGAAAAGAUCGAUUCCAUGUCCUCCAAAUACAAGUCUGAAAUUGCGGAACUUUCAAGAAUGUUGGAACAAAGGACAAAAUACUUCAACAGGGAAAUUCAGAUCCACAAGGUGAAUUGCCAGAAGUCAGUGGAAGAAGCGUUAAAGGCUGCAUUGAAAUCCGAUAUUUCUCUGAGUGUUGUAUCUGGCCAAAAGAGGUUUGUUGCAUCUAGAGCAAUGUCGUACCUCAUGAACAAGAGGAGAAAUAUAAGGAAGUGCUUUGAAGCAUUAAACGUUGCAAACAUUCCAAUGAACGACAAGUAUCUAACAUGGGAAUCGAUUCCAAAAUGCGAAUCUUACAGAGUGAGAAAGCAGAAGGCGGAAGAUUUGUUGUCAAUCAAGAACCCACUACAUUUUGUUGCGAAUCCCGGGCCGCAGCAGGGUGAAGAGGGAGCUGAUGACUAUGCAACAUCUGAAGCAAUGAGCGGUCUCAUUCUGGAGCCUAGCACAGAUGGAAGAAGAGUGCCCAAUUUGGAUAACGUUACUGGCUUAUUAACCGACAAUGGUGAUGAUGACAAUGAUCAUAAUGCAUCUAGAAAGAAAUCAUCUGCCUUUGCUCCUUCUCCUUCAUCUCUCUUUAACGAACAAACUUUGACUGUUGGAAUGAGUGGCAAUGGCAAUGGCAAUGGCAAUGGUCUUUCAGCAGCAACUGCUUUUAAUGAUGAUAUUAAAAGUCUGAAUUCUGAUGUUGAGAGUAAGUUGAUUGAAGAUAUUCAAUACAUCAAUGAUAAAUUCAAACAGUUUAGUUCUCAAAUAUUUGAUGACGAAGACUUUGGUCUAGGGCAAGAACAAGAACAAGAACAAGAACAAGUGAGGCAAGAAGAGGACGGUAAUGGAUGUGAUGUUCGUAUUGAACCAAAGAAUAAUAAUUCUAGCAUUAGUUCAGCAUUACUGUUGGAUGAACCCGUUGGCGUUUACGGAAGAAGCUGUGGGGCUAGAUUUAUCAGGGACAAAAUGAGAAGUGGUACAUCUCUAAACGAUUCAGCAUUGGGACCAAAAAUUGUUGACUCUUUGAACGCUGGUUCUCGUUCUUCUCGUUCUUCUUCAUAUUCUGCUUCUUCACCUCGCCCCGAUUCUGAAACCAAAAGAUCUUCAGUCAAAUCCAAGGCUGGGUUUGCUCAGCUUGGAGAGAAUAUUACAGAAUUAUUUAGCACUGUUGCUUCGAGCUUUUCCAAGAAAUCUGUUCCUAUCGAUACGGAAGAUCAAGACGAAGAAGGAACAGACAGUGAAAGUGGAGAAGAAGUAGAGGGACAAGGACAAGGACAGGGACCAGAGAAUCAUGAAGAGGAUUACAAGGAAUUAAAACAAUACUUUGACUCUGUGAGGUACGGAUCAACUGGAGGUGCAAAAUCCUUAGAAGUUAGUCCGAUAACACCACUAACGACUGGAUGUCCUGCCACGUUCUCUACAAGGUUCAAUGACGAUAUGAAUACGGAUACAGGAGCGUUUGCCUCUGGGGUAGUUUCUUCAACUACUCCAUUAUCAAUAAAUAGCAGCACGGUACAGACACCUGCUUCGGAGAAGUCUGCUGGAUGGUUUGACUUUUCUAAAAAGAACUCAAGUUGGUGUUCAUUUAAGUUUGCCCAAGCCAGUAAACAAUCCAACGCUGCUUAA